CGGUACUUAUUGGGAUUAUCGCUCGAAAACUCGAAGACAAAUGCGCAUUUCUGCAACGAUACUUAUUGAAAUUAUCAUUCGAAGACAAAUGCGCUUAUUUAUUAGGAUCAUCAUUCGAGGAUAAAUGCGCAUUUCUACUACAACAAUACUUAUUGCAAUGA